CUUAUUCUUCCCCGUGUCCAACUCCUCCUCUGACCUCAUCUGGCUUUUUCAACACAACCAUACCUACAUCAUCAUCCCUACCCUGCUACCGUCACCUUUUGCCUUUGGCGUCCACCCCACAAACGUCAACAACGCUUCUUUCCCCAAAUAUAAUACAUCAUCGUCGUCAUCAUGGGGACCUCACCAAACGACGCCUCGACCGGGGGUGAUACGAAGUCACCCAAACAGUCCAACAAUGCCACUCCCCCACGUCAAAACACCAUUCCGGAAGUGAAGCAACCCGACCCGAGUCUGAAGCCCGAUGCUGACGGCGCGAAACCUCUUGGUCCUCCCCCUCGACCUGGACAGACGACUGGAAAUACUCCCGAUUACUUCGGCGCCGGAGCCGCCUCUCUCAGUCUGGAGCCCAAUCCUUUCGAGCAGUCUUUCGGCGGAGGCGCGCCAGAGACACCAGGUGGUACGAAAUUGCCAUCCGUUGCUGCUCUGACCUCGCCAUCUUCGUUGCUCCCUGGUAGCGGCGCAACUCCAUUCAACUGGGGAGGAGGUUCUCUACGAACCGGUCCUUUGAGCCCGGCCAUGUUGUCAGGUCCUACCAGCGACUACUUCAGCGAUACGCAUCAUCUUCGUGGCGGAUUCCCAACCCCGAACGAGUCUUCAUUGAGAACUGGCUUGACUCCUGGUGGCAGUGGUUCCAUGUUCCCUGCCCCAAGCCCCAAUUCACAGCAACUUUUUGCUCAGUUGGCUAGUGGCGGUGCUACUCCUAGCACCAUCGAUUUCCAUCGCACUGCGUUAAGUGCCGCUGCAAAGCGUGACACGCAGGCCCAGAACCAAAACCAGAACCAAAAUCAAACUCAACCCCAGAAUCAGACACAGAACCACAACCAGCAGCAGACAGCGGUGACGUCGCAGCCGCAGGAGAUGCCAAACGGUGCAUCCGCUGUCAAGACCGAAGCAAAGCAGUUUGACCCGCACGAUAACGACGCAGCGAACGGUCUCUUUAUGCUUGCUCAAGGCGCACAGGGUAGAAACGGUGCUCCAAACGGCGGAUUCGCGGCAACACAAGCGCAAGCCCAGGCUCACCCACCUCCCCCUCCUGCUCAAGGCGUAAACACGUCACCUCAAAUGAGUGCUAACGGUGCUGGAUCUGUCGGUGCCGGCUCGUCAGUCCGUGGCGUUAGCGAAGGCGGAAGUGCGAUGUCGGAUGAAAGUGAGCAAGCCCGUCCCGCAGCCAGGGGCAAGGGCAAGCGCAACUCGACUGGCGGCGCAUCAACAAAUGGCCGUAGAAAGGCUGAAGAGCCACCGGCCAAAGCACCGCCCGCUAAGAAGUCAAAGCCGAACAACAAUAUUCCCCCUCCUGACAUGAUGGGAGAUGAUAGUCAGUCGGAUGACGACGAUAUGAAACAUGAGAAUGGUGAAGGCGGAAAGUCAAAGAUGACUGACGAGGAGAAGCGCAAGAACUUCUUGGAACGUAACAGAGUUGCCGCACUUAAGUGUCGCCAGCGCAAGAAGCAGUGGCUGGCUAACCUCCAGUCAAAGGUGGAACUGUUCAGCAGUGAGAACGAUGCCCUCACAGCUCAGAUCACGCAGUUGCGCGAGGAGGUCGUGAACCUCAAGACACUACUUUUGGCUCACAAAGACUGUCCUGUCACGCAACAGCAAGGCCUUCACGGUGCGUUCAUGCAACAGGCCAUGGAGCCAUUCAACCCUCAGAUGAACCCGUAUGGUAUGGCCGCUCCUAUUCCCAACCAGCAAGUCUUGGCGGCGGGUCAGGGUGUGCAACGCCGCUUUUCAUAGGAUGAUGAGGCCCUGUACAACAAUCAUUUCGAAUAUGAGGAGUUGGAGGAUUCGAGUCAUCAAUAACAACCCGUCGAGGUUGCUGCUCUCGAAUAGCCUGUGGCGACAUCGGGAUUACGACUUUCAUGCUGUUCCAUUCUACGGCCCAGUCAUCUUACGGCUCAAUUGUAUCAUCAUUAUAUACGACAUUCUUGCGCCAAUAUCUUCACUUCGUUUCUACGAUGGGGUUGCAAGCAACCAGGGAUAAGCUGUCCAGUAACAGAGGCA